AUGUCCCUUCGACCGGCGGGCCUCCAGCCGCUGGACGCGGAGGAGUUCCGCGCGCACGCGCACCGCAUGGUGGACUAUAUCGCGGACUACUACCGCGAUAUCGAAUCACACCCCGUUAAAAGCACCGUCGAGCCAGGGUACCUGCAGCACCACGUGCCUGAGAGCGCACCAGAGGAGGGCGAGCCGCUGGACAAGAUACUCGCAGACGUGUCGGGCGCCAUAAUGCCGGGCAUAACGCACUGGCAGAGCCCGUCGUUCUUCGCCUUCUUCCCCGCCAACAGCAGCACGCCCGCGCUGCUGGCAGACAUGCUGUGCUCCGCGCUCAACGUCGUGGCCUUCAACUGGCUCGCCUCGCCCGCCGCCACCGAGCUUGAGACGCGCGUGCUCGACUGGUUCGCCCGCCUGCUGCUGCUGCCACCCGCCUUCCUUGCCUCUGACUCCGGCGGGAGGGGGGGCGGUGUGAUUCAGGGCACUGCGAGCGAGGCGGUGCUGGUGGCUGUGCUGGCAGCACGCGAGAAGGCCCUGCGCGCCCUGCACGCACAGGACCAGCAGCAGCAGCACGCACACUCACAUGCAGCUGCAGGGGCAGGCGCAGGGGGGGCUGGUGGCGAGGGAGGGGGAGGAGAGGGGGCAGCGGUGGGGAGCGGAGGCGGGUUGGAGCGGCUGGUGGCGUAUGUGUCGGACCAGACCCACUCAUGCGUCAAGAAGGCAUGCCAGAUCGCGGGCAUUCCUAGCGGCAACCUGCGAGUGCUGGCCACGAGUGCGAGCGAGAGCUAUGCGCUGCAGCCCAGCACACUGCAAGAGGCUGUGGCCGCCGACACACGUGCAGGCCUCGUGCCCUUCUUCCUCACCUGCACUGUGGGCACCACCUCGUCCACCGCAGUGGACCCCAUUGAACCGCUCGCCGCCAUAGCUCAGGCGCAUGGCAUGUGGGUGCACGUGGAUGCAGCGUAUGGAGGAGCAGCGUGUGUGUGUGAGGAGCACCAGCAGCACCUGGCGGGCGUGCAGCACGUGCAGUCGCUGGCCGUGAACGCACACAAGUGGCUGCUCACUAACUUCGACUGCUGCUGCCUCUGGACGCAGGACACCAAGGCAGUGCAGGACGCGCUCACCACCACGCCGGAGUACCUGCGCAAUAAGGUCAGCAGCACUGCCACCACUGCAUGCCACCACUGCAUACCAGCAGUGCGUGCCAGCAGUGCAUGCCAGCAGUGCAUGCCAGCAGUGCGUGCCAGCAGUGCGUGCCAUCGGGGUGCUCUGCUUGCUGUCCUGCAAGGUGCCAUCCUCCCCGUCUCGUGUCCUGGCUCGCCUCUGCAUGCCCAUCCAUCUACCCACUCGCUUCUCUAG